AUGUCUAACCGGCACCAUGCUCGGAAGAAUACAAUGGUCGAGGACGUUGCUGUGCCGAGACAAUUGCUAUCCACAGCAAAGUUCAAUUCACCAUGGGAGUUGAAGAAGUGGGAGAAAUCCCUUCCCAAAAAUGAUCGUGUUGAACUACACCUACCCGGAGAGUCAAGUCAGGGCCGUCUCAGUCGUUCUGCUAGUCUGUCUGCUAUCCGGGGUCCAAGACGUCCUGCUGCGAUUCGUCCGCGCAGUAAUCCUCCUGAAUUAUAUGGUAUGUCAUGCAAUACUAUAACACCAUUUGCAGGGCACUUGACACCUCCUCUAGAGACAGAAAAGGAACCUAUAACACCAAUCAAAGAGAACCCUGUUCAUCUCAGCCCUCCAACCAGUUCAAAUGGCUCUAUCGAUAUCAAUAGUCGCCGGAGUAGUAUGUACGAUGUCUACGAAAAAGCCAAAGUGAGAGGCGUUGCUCUUCAAAGAAAGCAUUGGGUGCGCAUCUUGUUCGAAACGACCGUCUAUACUCUCCUCAUUUUGUUUGUCUAUUUUGUUCUCAUUGGCAUGCCCCUGUGGCGAGGUGCUGUCUGGUGGCUCUACUGGGUCAUUAGCACAAAAUUCGUCAUCCAGGGAGGAUGGGCCAUUCUUAUCGGUCUCGCUUUUCUAUACGCUUUCUGCCCUCUUCUGAUCUUCUUCGAAAAAGAUCCUCCUGCAGCAACCGAUAUCAUUGAUACAGAUCUGGAACAAAACUCAUCUAGCGCCAAAAACACCGCCCUCCUCAUACCCUGCUAUAAAUCCGCCCAGAUCAUCGGUCCGACCCUGGAAGCGGCUUUGAAAAUCUUCCCUGCUGAGAACAUCUUCGUCAUCGCCAAUGGAAAUUCUCAAACACCUCUCGACGACACAGAAGAUGUGUGCCGUCCUUUCGGAGUGAACCACCUCUGGGUCCCCGUUGGAUCGAAGAUCGUAGCUCAAUUCGCCGGUUGCUACGCAGCAAAGGGCUUCGAGAACGUCCUCCUGAUCGACGAUGACUGUGCACUUCCGCCGAAUUUCCCCGUGGUCAGUGAUCGACUCAAGGGCUCGGUCAAAUGUGUUGGAUACACAAUCAAAAGUGUUGGCCCCAACUCUUCCAAGGGAACAUACUGCCAACAGGCCCAGGAUUUGGAAUAUAAAAUGUCUGGUAUUCAACGAGCUUUCUUUGGUAUGCUCGGAAGUGCCACUUUCCCCCAUGGUGCUAUCUCUCUUUGGAAUACGGAGUUCCUCAAAGAGACGUUCAAUGAGCACCCUGGUUUCUCGGUGUCUGAAGACUGGUUUUUCGGCGAUGCCUGUCGACGUCUUGGAGGUCGUAUCACAAUGUGCACAUCUGUCUUCGUCGAGACCGAAACCCCGGCAUCGGUCUUUUUCGCCGGCGGUGGCAGCCGAGGUGGAUUCGGUGAGAUGACCAUUUUCCAGCAGCGAUUCAAACGGUGGAACUUUUUCUUCGUUAUUGGAAUCUACUAUGAUCUCAAAUAUAUCCUCACAAGCUGGAAGCUUGGCUGGUGGGAAUUCGGAGCGAAGCUCUGCGUUUUCCAAGAGGUGUACGAAACUCUUAUCUACCUCCUCGCUCCAUUCGUCCUUCCCAUCUCCUUCUACGUGUGCCCCAGUUUCUCCGGUAUUCUCCUAGGCGCCACGAUCGGAAUGUACAUCGUCAACGUGGUGGUUUUCAAUGAGAUCCAUCUCCGACGGAAAAAUGAGCGCAUCGACUGGAAGGUCUUGCUUAUUUAUUAUACUUUUUACAAGCUCGUCCUGACGGUCGUCAACGUUUUCAGCUGCUACUGGUCGCUGUUCAAGUAUGCUCGCUACUUCGCCAAACGUCACCCGAAGAUCAUCGAGGAUCAAGAAGCCAUUGGAGUCGUCUUGAGUCUUGAGCGCGACGUCGAAACUCCUACCAUUGAGGAGGAAGUUGACAACACGCGAGCACGCGCACCUCAAAGAGCGGAUUCGCAACGCACGUAUAAACGUCUGACCUUGACUAGAGUGGAUGCUCCGAUCGGGCUGGGUAUUACCAUGACUCAGACACAUACUACGAACCAGUCGUACAAGAGCGUGAUCUAG